AUGUUCUAUCGGAUGACUGGCCAAGAUAUCCGCGAUAUUAUCCACUCGCUGUACUACGCGCUCUGCAAAAUAUUUGAGAAAAAUCAAGAUGCAGAGAUCCACUUGAUUGGAUUCUCGAGAGGCGCCUUCACGGUGCGCUGUCUCGCCUGUCUAAUCGAGGACAUAGGCUUGAUAAGAUCGUUCUACCUAGAGAAGAUUUAUGACGAUGUCUACGAGUUCUGGGAAUCAGGAAACAAAACCAGCAUGCAGAAUUGGAUCGAUGAUGGUAGAGAAUACUCGGCCAUUCAUCCUGUCAAGAUUGUCAGUUGCGGAGUUUGGGAUACAGUGUCCGCGCUUCGACUUCCCUCGACCCUCUCCUUUGUGAACGACAGGGUGCCAAGUAACUUGGAUUUUGCGUUCCAGGCACUAGCACUGCACGAGCAAAGACAAAGAUACGAACCGGUACUUUGGAAUCAAGAACAGGACAGGUACACAUGUAUUCGCCAGUGCUGGUUUGCUGGGGAUCACUCUGACAUUGGGGGCGGCUGGCCUGAUGGUGGUCUUGCAAACCUGACGUUGAUCUGGAUGUUGGCUCGGUAUCAAGAACGUUUCCCUGGUAUCUUCAUCGAUUGCGAGGCGUUAUACAGGCUUUGCUGUCCACCUGGUAUUGAUUGGCCCUGUCUGAGUCAUACGCUAAGCCAAGGUAUGUGCCAUGAAGCCGUGCGCAAGACAGGUGAUAAAGUGUUGACACUCAUCUAUAGGCAAUGUAAACCGCUCUAG